AUGCAAUUCGUACUGAUGCUGCUGCUGGCUCUGGCUCUCCUGGCUCGGCCCUUCGCCGAAGCUGCCAGUAGCCUGGCAUACUGCGCAACUGAUAACACUGGAUCUUCAUUUUCGGCCGUUUCCGACACCUAUCAGUCCAAUGGAGCUUGCGAGGAGACUUGCGCCGACUAUGCUCUCGGUAUCCUCCAGGGAAAGAAUUGUUGGUGCUCCAAUGUGGCCCCUUCCUCGUCCUCCCGCAAAAGCACUUCGGAGUGCUCGACUGGCUGCCCCGGUUAUCCAGAUGACAGCUGUGGCAGUGCCUCCAAGGGUGUCUACGCAUAUGUGAAGAUCACUGGUAACUCGGUGACGAGCACGGAGGGGGGCAGUAGCUCGUCCACCACUACUUCUUCGACUUCGGAAAGCACUAGCAGCACUUCAUCAUCGACAGGAACAUCUACAAACUCUACACAAACUUCCACCACAUCUGACUCGACUACCCCGACUGGGAGUGUUGUCAAGGAGACCACCUCGGCCGGCGAGGUGAAGACUAUCACUGUUUCCGCCGCCAGCCAGACAGGUGUCCAGGAUUCUUCCUCGGCCAAUGCCGCGGCAACUGGCAGCAGCAAGCUGAGUGGCGGCUCCAUCGCCGGUAUCGUGAUCGGAGUGAUUGGUGGUCUUGCCCUCGUGGGCGCUCUGAUCUUCCUGGUCUUCUUCUACCGAAAGCGUGCUCGCUCUGCCAGCCCUAUUCCCAGCACAGCCGACAUGACGGAGAACCGAAACAGCCAAGCAUCAAGCUUCGCUCGGGGCAUCUUCCCGCAAGGUCAUUCCCACGACCUGUCGGGAUCGUCGAGUCUGGGACGCAAGCACACCUUCACUGAUAAUCGGCUGAAAACCGAUAUUUACCCCAACGGUCCUCGGGAUAGCAGUGUGUCCCUGCAGGACAACGAGGACUACUCGCGUCCCGUGCUUCGGCUCACCAACCCCGACUAA